UUAUAUGCUAUUUACGCCCAAAGGCGCUUCUAUCUCUUCAGGCAUCUAGCAGGACUACUAUGUGCGCUGACGUUUAGGUCCAUGUCUGUCCGGUGUCAUUGGUGAAUGACCGAAGAUGUCUCAUAGCAGGUUGUUUGCCCGGUUGCUCUUGCAGCAGGCUGGGGUGAGACACUGUUAUACUGGCAACAGGAAGAACCUUUACAUCAACAAGAACACUAAGGUUAUCUGUCAAGGCUUCACAGGAAAACAGGGCACCUUUCACAGUCAGCAGUCUCUGGACUAUGGCUCGCAGUUAGUAGGAGGAGUGUCUCCAGGCAAGGGGGGCAAAACACACCUGGGUCUGCCAGUCUUCAACUCUGUGAAGGAGGCUAAGGAUGGCACAGGGGCUGAUGCCACCGUGAUCUAUGUGCCGCCUCCUUUCGCGGCAGCCGCCAUCAUCGAAGCAAUUGAUGCAGAGAUACCACUGGCCGUCUGUAUCACAGAGGGAAUCCCUCAGCAGGACAUGGUGCGCGUCAAACACAAGCUGCUCCGCCAGAACAAGACCCGCCUCGUCGGCCCCAAUUGUCCCGGUGUCAUCAAUCCUGGCGAGUGCAAAAUUGGGAUCAUGCCUGGGCACAUCCACAAGAAAGGAAGGAUUGGCAUUGUAUCUAGAUCGGGCACCCUUACGUAUGAAGCCGUACAUCAGACAACACAAGUGGGUCUGGGCCAGUCGUUGUGCGUCGGUAUUGGUGGAGACCCUUUUAAUGGCACUAACUUCAUUGACUGCCUGGAGGUGUUCCUGCAGGACCCAAAAACUGAGGGCAUCAUUCUGAUUGGAGAAAUUGGAGGAGAUGCAGAAGAGAAUGCGGCAGAGUACCUGAAACAGCACAACUCUGGUGCCAAUGCUAAGCCAGUGGUGUCAUUCAUUGCUGGCUUGACGGCCCCUCCUGGAAGGAGAAUGGGGCAUGCAGGAGCCAUCAUUGCCGGAGGGAAAGGGGGUGCCAAAGAGAAGAUCGCCGCUCUGCAGUCAGCUGGAGUCGUCGUCAGCAUGUCUCCGGCUCAGCUGGGCAGCACCAUGUACAAGGAGUUUGAGAAGAGGAAGAUGUUGUAAUUUGUUAGAGGAGUGUGAGAAACAAACUGCCCUCCCUGCCUUAGGACCUUCAUCCCUGCUGGAGCCCACCACUUUCCUCCAGGCUCAACAGUGCACACACUUUGUGAUUUCAACUGAUUCUAUGAGUACAUGUUCCAUAUUUGCACCAGAAGAAAUAAUAAUAAUAAAAAAACAUUUCAAAGUCUAUCACAGCCUUCGUCUUAGAAGUGUACAGCACAGGAACAUAUCCACCUUCUAAUCCAUCCACAGCAAUGUCAGCCAUGUUGUUGCUUUAUGUCAUAAUGUUUUCUCUCCUGAAGCAGAAAAUAAAUCUCUUAUGCUCUUC